GAUUUUAAUUUUAAUUUAAUUUUAUAUUUUCUCAAUUCUCAGACUCUCUCUCUCUCAUAUAACGGACUCUUCAUCAUUCUCUCUCACUUUCUCUCUCCUCUUUCUCUCUCUACAUUCCUCUGCUUCUUCAAAGGUCAGAGCUUUCAUCUUCUUCAACAUAUAUGAACCAAAACCCUGAAACCCAUUAACCAUUUCUCCUCAAAUUUCACACCUUUUUUUUCUCUACAUAUGGUUAUGGAGUUGGGUUUCUAAACCCAUCACCCAUUGUUGCAGUGCGCCAAGAUUAACGAAUUUGAAUUUGGAUUAUCCGUAUAUCUUGGCCCUGCAAGAGUUUAUAUAAUAUAUUUAUAUAUAUAAUUGUUUUUGGUGUGUAAUCAAUCCUAUGGGGAUGUCAUCUGAUAACAUUCAUGGACUUGUUUUGGCUGUUUCAUCAAGCAUUUUUAUCGGGUCUAGCUUUAUAAUCAAGAAGAAAGGUCUUAUUAAAGCUGGGAAUACUGGAGUUAGAGCAGGGGCAGGAGGAUUUUCUUACUUACAUGAGCCUUUAUGGUGGGCUGGGAUGAUAACUAUGAUUGUUGGAGAGGUAGCCAAUUUUGCUGCUUAUGCAUAUGCUCCAGCAAUUCUUGUAACACCCUUGGGAGCUUUGAGUAUCAUUUUCAGUGCAGUGCUUGCUCAUUUCAUUUUGGCAGAAAAAUUGCAUAUCUUUGGUGUUCUUGGUUGUGUUCUCUGCAUGGUAGGCUCUGUAAGUAUUGUUUUGCAUGCUCCACAGGAGAGAUUAAUUACUUCAGUAAAGCAAGUCUGGCAUCUUGCUACUGAGCCGGGUUUCCUUGUGUACGCUUGUAUAGUUCUGAUUGUGGUUGCUGUGCUUAUUUUCCAAUAUGUUCCACAUUAUGGUAAAACCCAUAUGGUGGUGUACGUUGGAAUUUGCUCUCUCAUGGGCUCUCUCACGGUAAUGAGUGUGAAAGCAUUGGGAAUUGCUUUGAAGUUGACAUUUGAAGGAUCAAACCAGUUCAUUUACUUUGAAACAUGGUUUUUUACAGUGGUUGUUAUAGGCUGUUGUCUAAUGCAGAUAAACUACUUAAAUAAGGCCUUGGACACCUUUAACACAGCAGUUAUAUCUCCGGUCUACUAUGUUAUGUUUACGUCGUUCACCAUCCUCGCGAGCAUGAUCAUGUUUAAGGAUUGGGAUUCACAAAAUGGAUCACAAAUAGUAACUCAAUUGUGUGGUUUUGUGACAAUUCUAUCUGGUACUUUUCUUCUACACAAAACCAAAGACAUGGGAAACGCUACGCCGGGAGAGACACCGGUCUUUCGAAGUCCAACGCACCCUAUUGUACAGUCAAAUCCGCGAUGAUGAUGAUGAUGAUAGCUGCGUUGCUGCCACGAAGAUCGACGACGAUGACAACGACUUCAAUCAUUAGGAUCAUUUUCACUCAAAUCAUAACACUUGUGACUAAUGACUAUACAACAACUUUCCAAAGUUUGAUGGUGCAAAGAAGAGAGUAGAAUUAGAAAAGGUUUGACAAUUUUUUUGAGCUAAAAAGAUAAAAGACUUAAUUGUUCAUUUUUGUGUGAGCAUGUUGUUUACAUCUAUGAUUAUUUUGUCUCAUUGUUCAUGUGAAAAUAUGAUCACAUAUUAUUGUUCAGUUAAGUUUUAGUGGUUGAAAUUCUUAGAUUUUAUUUA